AUGACAGCAAUCGAAGAACAAGUGAGAGACAGAAGGCAUGAGCCGGGUGAUGUACAGUCGGAGCUCCCCAGGGAGGCUCGCCUCGCCUCGCCUCGCCUCGCGGAGGCCAGGGCACGUUCGCACAGUCCCGGGCCGCCACAGCCCUCACAGCAGUCCCGCCGCCACGGAGGGCAGGCACCUCUAGCGGCUGCUGGUCCCGUCUGGGCACAGGCUGCAAGGCAGCACAAGAGAACAGGAAGGCGAUGUGAGAGGAAAGCGCCAAGGCGAGGGGAGGACGCGGACCCGCGGCUCCAGCCGCAUGAGUUGAUCCCCUUGUUUUUGAUCAUUGGAUCCGGAGGUAUUGGCGCAGGCCUGUACCUCAUGCGUUUGGCAGUGUUUAACCCAGAUGUCAGCUGGGACAAGAAAAAUAAUCCAGAACCUUGGAACAAACUGGCUCCCAGUGACCAGUACAAGUUCUACUCAGUUAACGUAGACUACAGUAGACUGAAAAAGGACCGUCCUGACUUCUGAACAACACACUCAUCUCCAUAAGCUGCGCAGAAAGGUCUUCCAGAAGCCGUCCGCACAAUUGUCAUGUUUAAUCAUCCAGGAAAAAAUUAAACUUGCCUCGUGCUGCACUUGGUCAUGUGUUUGAAAAUGGUUUGAUGAGGCUUAAUAAAUGUCUGAAA